CUUCAGCACUGUCACAGUAAAUUUCUCAAACACAGAUUUCAACUCUUAAAUCUUAAAUGGCUGCUGGAGGCUUUUAGUUGUACAAAAUGGACGUCUGAACGACUGGCCCUGUUGUGAGGACAGGGAAAUUCUCCUGCACUUGCAUCAGCUGUGCUUUAGGAAAACCAAGAAUUUGCAAACACGCAGGAGCAGGUCAGGGUGUGUGGGACAGAAUAAUGAGCCCUGGCUGGACGUCAGUGUGGUGUCAGCAGCCACAUUUUGGGUGUGUUCGAAAACCUAAGGAGCUGCCUUGCUGUCUUACUGUCUACAUGGAUUGGAUCGGUAUCGGAACUGAAAAAGUUGGAUCGGUGCAUCCCUACUUUAAAUAAUUCAGGCAUUGUUGCAUCUUUAACAAUCUAACCAGGGAUGGGGAAGGAGAAGCUCCACAUCAACAUUGUGGUCAUUGGCCAUGUUGACUCUGGAAAGUCCACAACCACUGGCCACCUCAUCUAUAAGUGUGGCGGGAUUGACAAGAGAACCAUUGAGAAGUUUGAGAAAGAGGCUGCUGAGAUGGGUAAGGGGUCCUUUAAGUAUGCAUGGGUGUUGGACAAGCUGAAGGCCGAGCGGGAGCGUGGUAUCACUAUUGACAUUUCCCUGUGGAAAUUUGAGACAAGCAAGUACUAUGUCACCAUCAUUGAUGCUCCUGGUCAUAGGGACUUCAUUAAAAACAUGAUCACUGGCACCUCCCAGGCUGACUGCGCUGUCCUGAUCGUGGCAGCUGGCGUCGGAGAGUUUGAAGCUGGUAUCUCUAAAUACGGCCAAACUAGAGAGCAUGCACUACUGGCCUACACACUGGGUGUCAAGCAACUUAUUGUAGGCGUCAACAAGAUGGAUUCCACUGAGCCCAACUACAGCCAGAAGCGCUAUGAAGAAAUCGUUAAGGAAGUCAGCACUUACAUCAAGAAAAUUGGUUACAACCCAGAAACCGUGCCAUUUGUCCCCAUUUCUGGCUGGAAUGGUGAUAACAUGUUGGAGGCCAGCCCCAAUAUGUCUUGGUUUAAAGGCUGGAAGAUUAACCGUAAAGACGGCAGUGUAUCAGGAACUACUCUUCUGGAAGCUCUGGAUGCGAUCCAGCCCCCAAGUCGGCCCACUGAUAAACCACUCCGCCUGCCUCUGCAGGAUGUCUACAAGAUCGGAGGUAUUGGAACUGUCCCUGUGGGUCGUGUGGAGACUGGCAUUCUGAAACCAGGCAUGGUGGUAACCUUUGCCCCCGUUAAUGUAACCACUGAGGUGAAGUCUGUGGAGAUGCACCAUGAGGCUCUGUCUGAAGCCAUGCCUGGAGACAACGUGGGUUUCAACGUCAAGAACGUCUCUGUGAAAGACAUCCGUCGUGGAAAUGUUGCAGGGGACAGCAAGAAUGAUCCACCGCAGGAGGCAGCCUCCUUUACUGCUCAAGUGAUUAUUUUGAACCAUCCAGGCCAAAUCAGUGCUGGUUAUGCUCCAGUGCUGGAUUGCCACACUGCACACAUAGCCUGCAAGUUUGCUGAGCUCAAGGAGAAGAUCGACCGUCGCUCUGGUAAGAAGCUUGAGGAUAAUCCUAAGAACCUCAAGUCUGGAGAUGCCGCUAUUGUGGACAUGAUCCCUGGAAAGCCUAUGUGUGUGGAGAGCUUCUCUGAGUAUCCCCCACUUGGGCGCUUUGCUGUUCGUGAUAUGCGUCAGACCGUGGCUGUCGGUGUGAUCAAGGGAGUUGAAAAGAAAGCUCCGACCGGUGGCAAGGUCACCAAGUCUGCUCAGAAAGCCCAGAAGGCCAAAUGAAUUUUGUGUUUAACUGCCAACUCCAGAGUCACAUACAGCAGAACAGAGGUCAUCCAACGAUAUCUGAUUGGCUGCCUAAACUCUAUAGUCAGAGACUGCUUAAUUAUUCCAAUGCAUCGCAAAAGCAUCAGAAGGAAAAAAAAAUACAAACUAUGACUUGUUUGACUUGCAUACCAUCUUAGUUAUUGGUAAUAUUAGCUUCUUACCAUCUGGAAUGUGAUUUUCCUUUUUUUAAAGGUUGGGUUAUGAUUAUAAUACUAUUAUAAUUGAAACUAAGUGAAAUAAUUGUAAAUUCACUUAGUUCCAUGAAACACCUUGACAGUGCGGCUUGGACACAUCGGUUCAUCACUGACGAUGUGUCCAAGCCGCACCGUCAAGGUGUUUCAUGGAACUAAGUGAAAUUACAAUUUCUGAAAGGAAAUGUUAUUCUGACCUCUCUUACUCUGGAGUGCAGUUUCACUCUGGUUCUGACACAGUUGUCUUGCUAUUGUUAUGUGUUCUCAGAGUACUGCUGUGUUUUUUAGUUUCUGCACUAAUCUAUCGUAGUGGUCUCUAGCUUUGGUGCACUGACUGAACCUCUAAGCACUUUGAUUGGCGUUAAGCUGGUACUGCACAUGCACUUGUUAACUUUAAUUGGCUCUAGCUUAUGCACCUUACUGUUUAAAGUUUUGAAAUGUUAAUGCCACAUUAAAGAUAAUCCUUUCAACAUCCA